UUCUACUCGAAGUAUGGCAAACUUUUAAAAAGGCGACGAUCUCUUAAUAAUACAUAUCGUGGUGGUGGAAGCGACCGGUAAAACAGUUAUAAAAACAGCGGUAACUACGUUAGAAUCAAUUAUUUAAGAUGCAGAGCUCCGUAAAGAGAGAGUGGAGCAGUCGUAAAGGGGGUGGAAGAAAGUAAUGCCGUUCGUGGAAGGAUGCUGGUGUCUCAAGGAGGUGCCUUCGGGCGAAGAAAGAGAGAGAAAGAGAGAGAGAGAAAAGAGAGAAAGAAAGGAUAGAUGGAGAGAGAGAAAGAGAGAGAGAGAGAGAGAAGCAAAAGGAGAGAGGUAAGAUGGCUAUCGCGGGGAUUAUAAAGGCCGUAGUUAAAAGUUGCUUCGACUAUCAGGGGACUGACCGGCCGGAGACGAAGUCGAGCGUUAUUGCGAGACGCUCUCGUUUCGUGUGAACUGCGAAAAGUUUGAAAAACAUUCGAUAAACCUUUAGAACUAGCUGAAAUUCGAGAGAAAGAGACGAUCGAUCGUGAAUCGCUUCCGAUCGGUUAUUUAGAUCUUACUCCUAUUUAAAAUGACCGUACAUGUUUGGAACGAAGAAGAUGACAACGACUUUGACAUAGUGAUCAUUGGUGCUGGUUUAACGGGACUUAGCACAGCGUACAAUAUACUUAGAAGAAAACCCGCUUUAAGUAUACUGAUCAUCGAAGGAACCGAUAAAGCCGGAGGACGCAUUUUAUCACAGAAUUACAGCGAGAGCUUUUACGCCAGUCUCUUGCAAGAACGCGUCACUCAACUUAUCCAUAGACUGAACAUAAAUACUUGCCCGAGUCAGAGCACAGAUGGAAAAAGAGUGUUUUUUACGAAAAAUGGUCCCGUAGAAAAUUUUCCAAGCUUAUUCGCAGCUGAAAUUCGCUACUUUAUUCAAGUUGUGAUUAUUUAUUUGGAUCAUUGAUUUUCAGAAAUAAUAUUCUUA